AUGAAGCUGACAACCUCUCUCAUCUCCGCCGUCGCUCUUCAUGCGGCAUCUGCUGUCUCUCGUGAGACUGCAAGUGGCUGCAAUGUCGAAGGAAAUUUGUUUCAACUCGAAGCAUUCGCGACCAUUGGCAGUAAUGAUACCGGCUUGAAUCCAGUCUCCAUCACUCCAUGGGGCGAACUAGGCACCGACUCACUGGCAGUCUUGGAUUUUCCCGACUCCGACAAGAUAGAGCAAUCCGUCUUCUACAUUAACAAAGAUAACAACAACCUGAUUGUUCUUGAUGUCUUCAACUAUCUGAAUGCCGCCAACGGUUAUACCGACACCCCCGAAGGCGGAGAAUUGAAGUUCACUUUCUUCAACGAUACCUCCCGGGACUUCUACUGGGUCGAUUUCGAUAUCGACGAAGACGGCCAUUUGACGGCUAAUGGAGCAGCCGACGUCUUUACUAACUGUGGAGGAAGCAAUUCUACAACGCUCACGGGUAGCCUCGCGAUCGGAAAUGUCCCCGGCAAGAACUGCCAGCCUUUGGAUUAUCUUAGCAUCUACGCCGUCUCUUCUGAGUUGCGCAUCGAGUAG